CACGCCUUCGCUCAUUCCGUGGGUGGCCAAAUUUUCAAAAACACAUCAGUCAAGAUGCUUCCCUUCCUCGAAGUCUCUCAUCUCUCAUUCUCCGCACCCUUUUACGCGGCCAUCAUAAAGAAUAUUGGCCUGAGAUAUCUGAGUGAGGAGGACGGACCCCUACCAUCCAUCACCUACGGCCAUCCGUCACGCGACAAACCUGUAUUUCAGAUUCGUGAAGUUGACCCGCAUCGGGCCUUGAGACUCUCACAUAUUUCCCUUUCUGCCCCUUCUGCGGUCGCAGCCGACGAAGCUUUUAGUUGCGCGCGCCGAGCUUCACCAGACGCCAGUGAAAAACCACUGCGGCACCCUGCUGAUUCCCGAUCAGCUGCUACAACCCCCAAGGCCCAUAGGAGUGUAACUCGAGCUGGCGACCUCAAAAUCAACGUCACUGACCCUGACGGCAACACCAUGGAGAUCGUAUAUCAGCCUUUCGAAAACUACCCGUCCCAUCACGGUGGCACAGCUACACGGUACCAGCAGUCAGCCGAUGAAGAACCAAGUCGAGUCCUCCUGUGGAAAUACGAUACAAGAGGUUUAGAGCAGCGCCCAGGUGCAGCGUCGAAUCCAUCAUACCCGGGAUCAAACCUUCCUUCGUGUCACCGGCGUUCGGCUGAGGUUGAAGACGAUGAUCGACAUGCUUCCAGGUGGGGUCACGUGACGAGGACGGCCUCUUAUGCUCCCACUCUCCCAACCAGGCACAACUCCGGAGGCAUUAGUCCAAGUACGGUUGUGAGUACCAUUUUGGGCGCCGCAGCCGCCGGUGCGGUGGGAGGUGCUUUGUACAGCAUAUCCAAGGCUGAACGCUCUCGCUCGUCGCGUGAUGAUCAUGAGCCGCCAUCGUUUUCACGCCGCUGUAGCCAUCAGGAGGGGCAUGUAGAAAAGUACUCUGGAAAACUUUUGGAGCCUAGGACACGUUAUGUGGAAGUGGACCGGGCAGUGGACAAGGUUCGCUUACCUGAUGAGCAUCUACAUACCUCUGGCAGUGCUUCCCGGGCAGGACCGCGGCCGGAGUACAUUACUAGAUACAGCAGUUAUGCGGGCACUUCGCGAAGCAGAGAUGUGGACGACGGCUUUGGAGAUGGCUUGGAGGACGUUCGAGGCCGUCAUAUGACCCCGCGGUCUCGCGGCUCUCCUCGGGACCGCAGCGAGGCGGAAUACGGACGACCUCCCGUGGGUAUCUCAUCGGAUCACCACCACCUUCAAAGCUCAAGAGGCGCAAAACACCCGCCAAUGGUGCAGCGAAGCUACACUUACGACACGAGUACGCCAGAACGGGAUGGCUAUGCGUCAACAAAGAGUCAUCGAUCAUCAAGUAUCAUCCGCGGUUCUCCGGUUGAAGAGGCCUACACAGUCAGACGCUCCAAGUCAGGCACGCGCAUGAAGACGACCACUGUCAAAGUCAGUGGCAGUCCAUUGGGAAGGUCUGGCGCUUAUGGUUCGAGCCGUGAUGGGGGUUUGCCUAGAAAUGCUUCGGGUAGCUUGAGCGAGCUCGUCACCCCUCCUGAGAUUCUGCUACCGCCCGACACCCCGGGUGUUCAAUCCACAAAGUGGGACAAUGAGGUAGAGGACCAAGAAGACGCCGAUAGUAUCGUACCCAGCGACAGCAUCAGCUGCGUGGGGACUCGCAGGAGCGGUCGCGCAUACUACAAUUAAGCCGCGUGCCAGCAGGUGGGUUCACAAUGGACAACCUAAGCAUAGAAGAAUGUCAUAAGAGUCGACUUGCGCCGCUUAGGGAGCAUAUCCUG